AGAAUGUCAAAAUUUUAAAAAAGGAAUAUAUACAUCUUUUUUGAAAGCUAGUAAGCAGUGUUUUUUAGGUCCUUCAACUUUUGGGCCUGGUCCAAAAUUAACCGACAGACUUGUCCAAAUUAUGAGCAAUCCCUUUGACUCGCGUGGGCCCUGCCAAUCGGCGUAUUAUGUGCACCUCCAGGAUCCUGUGAGAGAUGAUCCUCCCAGCGGUCUGCACCGCAAGUACCGCCCUCCGCCGCCACGCCCCCAGGAACAGCGCUUGGGGGAAGCUGAGGAGCGGCGCAGUUGGCUGGGCGAGCAGAAGGUGGAGCAGCUGUCCGUCCGCCUGGCGCGAGUGGCGCUGAUCGCGGAUCGCCACCACCGGCAGACCACCCAAAGUUGGCUGGAUGCCCGGGAUCGCAUCACCCGCGACAUGGACGAGCACGUGCGGAAGCGCACGGCCGCUAUCUCGAAACGGCUGAGGAACCUGAACGAUCACAACCAGAAGGUACAGGUGCGCAAGGACGAGGUCAAGCAGGAGAAGCUCCUCAGGAAGCUGAACCACCUCUACGCGGCCAAGAACGCCAGCACUAUUUCGCAGUUCUGGGGCAAAAUUCACAAGUAAAAAAUAAUUUGUAAAUAAAUAAUAAAAUAAGUUAAAUGAAA